AUGUGGCUGCUGCUUAGCGUGUGUGUGUUCUGUCUGCUGGGGUGCAGUGAGGGGCAGGACCGUGCCACUCUCUGGAGGGGGAACGACCACAGCGGGCGCUGCCAGUACACCUUCACCGUGCCCAGCCCCAGCGAGACCAGCUGCUCCCCUACAGUCUCCGGAGGACCAGAGAUGGAGGGGCUCAAGGCUAGACUCAGCCUGCUGGAGGUAUUGGUGGCCAGGCUGACUGGAGGGGAGAUAGGGGGUCCUGGGGCUGGGUCCCAGUCCCAGGCUGGUCUCCAGGAGGCUCUGACCCAGGCUAUGGGAGAGAGGAUCCUGCUGCAGGGAGAGAAAGAGCAUUUGGAGAGAGAUGUGGAGGGGCUUCAGAGGAGGAUGGAGGAGAUGAGGAGAGAGACGGAGAGACUGCAGAGCAGACCCUGCUACCCACAACACCCUCUGUUGCCACCCAGCAUCCCACUACAGGACAGUGGUCUGCGACCUGCCGGAGGUGCUGGUGUUCUCUCUCACCUGGUUUCCAGACCUGGAAGACAAUGGGACACUGGCAGCCUGAGAGACCCAGCAUGGCAGUAUGGUGGUAAUCCAGUGCUCCAGGAGUUGAAGGCUGAGGUGACUGAGAUUCCUGCUCCUAGUCCUGAGGGCCCUGAGGACAGCACAGGCUGUGGAGAGUUGAUAUCAAUAGGUGAGCCAGUGUCUCAUCGUAAGGCUGACAGUAUAGCUGGUAAAUACGGGGUGUGGAUGCAGGACCCAGAAGCUGUGGCGCCCUAUGGAGGGAAGAUGGUGUGGCGCAUUGAUACAGUGGGGUCAGAGGUCAGACAGCUCUUUGGUUACGAAGACAUGGAUCAGCUCUCUAAAGGCUUCCCCUCCAAGGUGUUGCUGUUACCGGAGCCAGUGGAGAGUACAGGAGCAACUCUGUACCGCGGCUCUCUGUACUACCAGCGCCGCCGCAGCCGCACUCUGCUGAGGUACGACCUGGUGUCUGAGAGCAUCGCUUCCCGCCGAGACCUGCCCCACGCCGGCUUCCACGGCCAGUUCCCCUAUUCCUGGGGGGGCUACACCGAUGUGGACCUGGGGGUGGACGAGCAGGGCCUGUGGGCUGUCUACAGCACCAACAAGGCUAAAGGAGCCAUAGUGGUCUCCCAGCUGGACCCACACAGCCUGGCGGUGAAGAGGAGCUGGGAGACCAGCAUCAGGAAGACCAGCGUGGCUAACGCCUUCGUCAUCUGUGGUCGUCUGUACACAGUGGCCAGCUACACAGCUCCCAACACCACCAUCAACUUUAUGUUUGACACAGCUACAGGCCAGGGGAAGGAGGUGGCGCUACCCUUCAGGAAUAAGUACCGCUACAACAGCAUGGUGGACUACAACCAUGCCCAGAGGAAGCUCUUCGCCUGGGACAACUUCCACAUCGUGUCCUACGACGUCAGGCUGGGCCGCCAGUAGAGGAGGAGGCCUCUUCAUACAAACCAAAGACUUUCAAUGUCUGUCCUUCAAAGCCUGACAGCUUUAG